AAAAAGAUGGAAUUGUGGUUGUUGCUGUUUGCAUUAAUUAGAUUUGUACAGGGACAAUAUGAAGUACCACAAGCAACUGUAGAGGUUUAUUCACCAAGAGGUCUAAAAGUUUCAAUUCCAGAUGAAGAAGGAAUUAAACUAUUCGCAUUUCACGGAAAAAUCAACGAGGAAAUGAAUGGCAGAGAAGGUGGUACUUUCUCAAGAGACAUUGUGAAACCCAAAGAUGGAAGAUGGACUUUUUAUGAACCAACAGCAAAACUCAACAUCGGCGACAAAUUAUAUUACUGGACUUACGUCGACUAUUUCGAUGGAAAAAAUAAACUAGGGUAUACAAACGACGAUCAAUUUUACGAAGUAAAAGAAUUUCAGAAGAAACCUGGUGAAUGCAAACCAUCACAGACGGUGGUACAUGGUAAAACCAAAAUAUGCAGUGGAGACUUAAUUUUCUCAGAGCAUUUCCUAAAUCUAGAUCCAGCCCGUUGGAACACCGAAAUUAAAUUUGGCGGACCACCUGACUAUGAAUUUGUUAUUUAUGGAGAUUACUCCCAGACUCUCUCUAUUAAAAAUGACAAACUACACAUUAAACCUCUACCAAGUGAGGACAUCUACGGAAAGGACUUCGUGUUUAGCAGUUUAGAUUUGAACACGCAAACCCCCAAAUGCACCGGUUCCCCUUACACUUGUUAUAGAAAAGCGCAAGGUCAGUUCAUUGUUCCACCAGUAUUGUCCUCUCAAAUAAACACCAAGAAUAAAUUCGCAUUCAAAUACGGCAAAAUUGAAGUCAGAGCUAAACUGCCCGAAGGAAAUUGGAUAUACCCAGAACUAUUCUUGAACCCAUUGACUGAAACGUAUGGUUCAGACUUUUUAUCCGGUCAGAUGAGGAUAGCUUUCAACGGAGGCAAUCCGGAAUUAAUUAAAAUGGUUAGUGGCGGGGUGAUGAUGGGAGACGGUACAAUUACUAGAACCUACGGUAUGAAAUCUAAAAAAAUUCCUAACACAUCAGAUUUUCACAAUUACACCCUUCUUUGGGCACCAGACAAAAUUGUUUUGUCAUUUGACGGAGAAAUUUAUGGUGAGAUUUAUCCACCUACUGGUGGAUUCAAAGUGGUAAAUGGUCUUUUAAGCGAUCAAAAAAGGGAUAUUUGGGAUGAAGGAUCUGAUUUGGCACCAUUUGAUCAAGAGAUGUAUCUUACUCUGGGGGUGGGCGUUGGAGGCCAUAAUUUUGAAGAUGAUGAUAGCAAGCCGUGGAUAAAUUUUGAUCCUUUAGCCGAAAGAAACUUCUAUGAAGACACACAAAAUUGGAAAAAAACUUGGAAUUCGCGGAGUGCUCUCGAAAUUGAGCACGUCUUGGUAUAUGCUUUAUAAAACAAUGUUUAUAUAAACAGUAAAAUUAUAAAUAUUUAUAAUUUUACUGUUUAAUUAUGUGAUCUUAAUGUACGUAAUUUUAUAUAGAUUACAUUUAAGAUUUAUUUUAAAAUAUUUUAUACAUAAAAAUAUAACGACAAAUUGUAUAUUUAUUAUGAAAAAAAAACAUGA